UAAGGAAUAUGUUGGGAAAUAUUUUGAUAGAGUCCAACUGCGGUCUACGUGCUUACAUGUUCUAGUUGGACGAAAAUUGCAAAAUAUCACGACAUGAAAACGAAUAUUGAUGUGGAGCUUUUCAUUUCGAUAUAAUGUAGACUGCGUCAGCAACGUGAAAAAAGGGGAAAACUUUUGCCUCUUAAGUAAUCAAAAUCCUUGACAUAACAUAGGUCAAGUAAUGUUAAUACAAGAAUUCAACAAAUUUAGGUUAUCGUAUUCUGUACGCAUUUUUGCACACUCAAAUGCACACACAGUUAAUAGUUCUCAAAACGUUGCGACGAAACGCUGAGCAUAAAUACGUGUAGAUGCGGUUGAAAUCUCUUAAAGAGUGUCACGCCGCCAGAAGAUGCAUUCUUUUCAUAAUUAGUCUUUUUAUAUCUAUCGAUCCGAUUCUAUCUGGGGAUUUACUGUUUAGAGAUUGAUUAGGUUUCGAGUGCAGAUUCUAAAGAAAGCUCUCUUGCUCUCUCUCUCUCUCUCUCUCUCUCUCCCUCUGUGUGCGUACAUAGUAGUUGAAGGAAGCGAAGCAAAUAUGGCUGAUGAAGAAGAUCCAUGGGGAUUUGAUGAUACCGAAACUACCGCUACAGAACCAGAGCCAGCAAAACAAGAAGUCAGUGCCCCAGCAGCAGCAGGUGAAACAAAAGCAGCAGAGGGUGAAACAGCUGCAGAAGCUAAAACUGAGGGAGAAACUGAGGCGGCCUUACCUCCACCACCUCCAGAAGAUGAUGGCUAUAGAAAACCAGUUCAAUUAUAUAAGCAUUGGGUCAGACCAAAAUUCCUUCAAUACAAAUACAUGUACAACUAUCGAACCAAUUACUAUGAUGAUGUAAUCGAUUAUUUGGAUAAGAAACAAGUUGGAGUGCCAAGAGAUAUUCCAAGAGCGCAAACAUGGGCAGAAAGAGUUUUACGAACUAGUUAUUCCAGUGGAAGAUACUUGGAUUCUCAUCAAUCAUCGGGCAAAAGAGAUAAGCAUCUAGUUCAAACCUUGGCCGCCUCAAUCCGACCUUUCAAUUAUCACACAAAGGCGUACAUGAAUAUGAAAUACUCUAGAGUGCUCUAGAAAAUAUGACCACCAACAAGUUGUUUUAGUGCAAAAUAGUUAAUUAUAAGUAAAUAUGUAUGUAUAUAUAAAAAAUUUUAGCUGGAAAUUCAUUCAUUUAAUA